CUUCACACGCACAGGUCACGCCCCAGCGGCCUGCCGUACUGAGAGCUCAACACCGGCCGAGAUCUGUACAGAGGUCACUAUAGCUGCACAGAGGGCUCUAUAGUAGCACAAAGAACUCUACAGCAGUACAUAGGAUCUACAUAGAAUUCUACAGUGGUACAGAAAGUUCUAUAGCGGUACAGAGGAGUCUGUAGAAGUGCAGGGAGCUCUAUAGCGGCACAGAGAAUUAUAUAACGGUGCAGAGGGUUCUAUAGGUAGAGCUCGAUCUGUAGUGGUACAGAUCUCUAUAACGUCUCGCAGCGGUACAGAUAGCUAUAUCUCUCUGUAUCAAUACUGUAGUAGAACUCUAUUAUAAUAGAGCUAUUGUUUACAGAACUAUUUAGAUAUUGAUAUGUAUAGUUAUAUACAGUGCUCUACAGUCAAAUAGAGAACUUUACAUUAAUAUAUAUAGAGCUAUGUAACGAAACAAAAAGCUCUAAAAAUAUACAUGGAUAUAUAGAGAGCUCUGAGGCGGUACAGACAGCUCCAAAACACGUAUUUGGCUCGGCCUUGUCUUUGUGUGCCACAGCGAUGUCUAUUGUGACUCCAGAUUGCACUAUCUAUUAGGGAACAGAGGGCAUCUUUCUGUGCAACACUGCUGUUUCUAGUAUUCUCUAGACCGCUCUUAAAUAGCGCGGCACAGUCGCUCUUCACGGUGACUGCCGUUCCAAGUGUGGCACAAUGAGCCUAUAGUAUAAUGUAGGUAUCCUGCGUGACACAGGGAUCUAAUACCGUGAUACAGCUAUCUCUAGAAACCUAAUACCGUGACACAGCUGUCUCUAGAAGCCUAAUACCGUGAUACAGCUGUCUUUAGAAGCCUAAUACCGUGAUACAGCUGUCCAAAGAUGCCUAAUACCGUGAUACAGCUGUCUCUAGAAGCCUAAUACCGUGACACAGCUGUCUUUAGAAGCUUAAUAAUGUCACAUAGGUGUUUCUUGAUGCUUAAUAAUGUCACAUAGGUGUUUCUUGAUGCCUAAUAAUGGCAUAUAUGUGUCUCUAGAAGGCUGAUAGCGUGAUGUAGGUGCAUUAUAUUGCGACACGUCUGUUUCUAGUGACUUCAAAUAACCUCAGCUUGUGACAGCUGUCUAGACGUGUACAUCUUGACCGUGAAGCCUGACACAUCUGUGCACGGAGCGCGACAAGGAGCCUAGCGAGGCGCAGCUGUUCUCAGAAGAAUUCAUCAGGCUACAGCAGUUUGUAGUGUGAGCCAACGACGCUACAAGUAACCUCACCAGCUGACGUAGGGAGAGAGGAACUCAAGCAGGAAACCAUUUAACGGAUUCAAAACUACCAUUUUGUUAUGAAUUUAGUGAGCAAUUGGCUGUUGAUGGUGAUGGUGGCUUCUAGCAGCGUCCAGCCACGCCUAGAGUCCCACCCACCUCGUAGUCACCGUCGCCUGCUACAACAUUCUCUGGCGCCCACCCGACAUCCUGCCCCAACUGCGCAUAAGGAGUACACCGCAGGUGACGUCCUCCUCCAUGUGUUGAAGCUGGAGAAUGCCCUUCGUGGAGCGUCGAAGCUGGAGAAAGUCCUCCUUGGAGCAUCGAAGAUGGAGGAUGUUCUCCCUGAUGCGUCGAAGUUGGAGAAUGUCCUCCCUGAAGCGUCGAAUCAGGAGGAGGCGCGGCACCUCGCUCUUCUCAACACCUCUAUCAUGAGUGUUGACGGGUUUCCACGAAGGGAGCCAUCAUCCCAUUACCCUGACAAGGGGCCGCUCCCUCAACACAGGACGAAGCGCGGUUGUGGUGUGUUGAUCCGAGGACCAUUUUAUCCUUACUACACCUCCAGAGACUCCCCGAGGCAGGCCAGCAGCAACGUCACCUGCUGCGUACUCUCUCCCACCCUCCUGCUGUUGACCAGCGUCCUGGCGGGCUCCUGCUGGUGGUGGUAGUAGUAAAUACAGUGUGUCCUACCUCCCUGCUGGUGGAGAUGGAUACAUUGUGUCCAGACCAACGCCAGUCUUCUCUGAUUUGCGUUUUUUUUUAAUAUUGAAAAAAAGUCAAAUUUUGAAGUCAAUGUUUAGCGUGCUUCAGUUGAGGGGCGUUACUGAGCCACGCCUUGUAAUAAUCAAAUUUCUAUUAUCGGAUUAAAUAAUUAUAAAGUAAUCUAGAAAAUGAUGUGGCUUAGAUACAACUUUAACACAAUAUAAUAGAAACUUGGAGAGAUUAAAUAUAUCUAAUAAUAUUUAUAGACUAUUGAUUCUCCGCAAUAAAUUAUGUUAAAGGAAUUUAUAGUUUACCUGUUGUAACACUAUUAUAUUUGAAUUUCAAGCUUCUAAACUCUAUCCUCACAAUAGCCAAAUUCUGUUACGACGAUCCGUAAUAGUCUUCAGCUUUACCGGUAUAAGAUAAGUACUGCAGGCGAGGAGUCACAAUAACGUGGCUGAAGUAUGUUGACCAGACUACACACU